CUGGCUUCAAGAUUGUAAUUAUUAACCGCCGGCACUUACCUUGCAUCCACAAGCGGCCAUGUCAGUUCCUCUCAAAUGGGUGUUCCAGACGUUCGAUUCUCGUACCAAAACCGCAGAACUCCUCGCACCAGAACUCGAGAACAGCAACCUCUCCCCGCAUGAUUACGAACUCGCAAUAAACUUUCUUCCUGGCACCCAUCGCUUCUGGCCGUCUAUCUAUUCGGCCGGUGCGGCCGGUGCCAUGGCAGGCUAUGGCCACUUUUACGCUCGCCCCCGCUGGCCUCGAUCUAGGCUAGGCGUUGCAGCGGGCGGAGCAGCCAUGUUAGGCCUCUUAUACGGAGACUUUCGGGCUGCUCUCGCACAUCGUGCAUUCGUGCGCGCUCUCGACGACCCAAAAACAUUCAUGGGAGCAAUCCAGAACGUUUACAGAAGAGUUGAAGGCUACGAAUCUGCCAGCUCUGCCCCUCAAUUACCUGGCAACAAUGAAGCAGCCAGAAGCGACGUUGCCGGGCUGAGCGCUGUCACGGGGCCAGAAAUGGUCAAGGACGAUAAUUGGGACCAGUUACGGACUGCAACGCUUGAUGGUCCCAGUGCAACGAAUUUCAAAGCUACAAGCCCGGCCACAAACGCAUCAUCUGACGCGCGCCCGCAGACCAAAUGGGACCAGAUACGCGUGGAAAAUGCUCGCAAUGCUGGACGGCAAUCUUCUUGGGAUAUGAUUCGGCAGCAACAUGAGCGUACCCGCAUCCCUUCUUCCUCGACACUCUCAUCAGACAGCAGCGGAGAUGACCGGGCGCUUGAACAAGCCAGAUUUGACUCACUCCUCGAAGCCGAACGGCGAAAACACCUCGACUCCGAAAAUCAGGAUCGGACUACUCGAAAUUUGUCGUAGUCGAUCUCGCGACUCAUCUCCGUUUACCAUGAAUUCCGUGAAUAUAAACAAUGCG